GUGGAAUCGGACGCCAUUUUCAUAGUAAAAAAUUAAAUGAAAAAAAUUGUGUUUUAAAUGAUAUACCAUUUGUCAGUUUAUGUAUUACUUGUUUCCGUAACAUAAUUUUAAUUUCCAUUAAGGUACACAUGUCAGACCUGCAAUGGUUUCUUAUGGUCUCAUACACCUCAUAUGUUCAAACCUCUGGAUGAAGCUAAAUGGAUGUUUAAAUUCUGCACUGGCAUACACUAACAAGUAAUAUGUUAACAAUGUGACAGGACAAUGGAGUGAUUUGUUUGAGUUUUGAAGGGCCAAGAUGGAGCCCAGUGAUAAAAGUAGAUUGAGGAAAGAUGGAGGACAAGGCGUUGGGGGAGUUAAGGAUAGUAAGACGACUGGAGAAAGGACUGAAGGAAGACCUGAAGAUUCAAUAACGGGAGGGGGAGGGAAGGAUAGUAAGACCACUGGAGAAAGGAAUGAAGGAAGACCUGAAGAUUCAAGAACGGGAGGGGGAGGGAAGGAUAGUAUUACGACUGGAGAAAGGGAUGAUGGAAGACCUGAUGAUGCAAGGAGAACAGGAGAUGGAGAUAAUGGCAAGAGGACUGAAAACACAGAUGAGGCUAGGAGAUUAGGAGACCAUGAUGGUGUUAAGAGAACUGGAAACAGAGAUGAUGGAAGGAAGACUGGAGAUAAAAUUAUUGGAAAGACUGUCAACAGAGAUGACGGAAGGAGGGGUGGAGACAGGGAUGAUGGAAGGAGGGGUGGAGACAAGGAUGAUGGAAGGAGGGGUGGAGACAAGGAUGAUGGAAGGAGGGGUGGAGACAGGGAUGAUGGAAGGAGGGGUGGAGACAGGGAUGAUGGAAGAAGGGGUGGAGACCGAGAUUAUGGAAGGAGGGGUGGAGACAGGGAUGAUGGAAGGAGAACUGGAGACCGGGAUGAUGGAAGAAGGGGAGGAGACAGACGUGGUGUACUACCUAAACAAGGAGGAAGGUUUACAGGAAAAGGAGCUGGUGAUGGUCCUUCAGAAGGCUACAAGAGUGGCAGAGACAGAUAUUUGAAUGAUGGUAGAGACGACAGGCGGACGAGCACUAGAGCCCCUGAUAGAGCAGACCGCCAUGAUCCCAAGAAGGCCAGCAAACCUGACAGGAUGGACAACAAAAAACACAACUUAAAAGACACAAGGACGUCAAAUAAAUAUGAACAAGAACGAAAGUUGAGAAAAGAAGAAGAGGAAAGAAAGAAGAAAGAGGAAGAAAAGAAGAAAAAAGAUGCUGAGCAAAAGAGGGCAGAGGAAGUGAAAAAGAAAGAAGAGGAGCAGCGCAAGAAAGAAGAAGAAGAAAGAUUACUGGAGGAAAAGAAGAAGCUUGAGGAGGAAGACAGAUUGAAGAAGGAAGAGGAAGAUCGGAUAAAAGCAGAGGAAGAAGCUCAGAAGAUAAUAGAAGAAGAAAAAAAAGUUUUAAAUGAUUUCUUGGAAGAGGCAAGAGAAAAACAGACUUUUAAAACCACGUUACGUGCCCAAAACAUAGCUGCAGUAGACAACAGACCCGAUGAUGCUUUCUUUAGUAAACUGGAUUCAAGUUUGAAGAAAAACACUGCAUUUGUAAAGAAACUGCGCAAUUUGACAGAGUCACAAAAGCAGAGUCUCAUCAAAGAUUUUGAAGGCUUGAAUCUUUCAAAAUACACAGGUGAAGCGGCAUCUGGUAUUGCUGAAGCUAAGUUAAAGAUGUCUGACAUACACUGCGCAGUUCAGCUCAGCAGCUUGAUACACCAGAGAUAUAGUGAUUUUCAGCAGCUCUUGUUAGACAACUUUCAGAAGAUUCUCCUAACCAAGAAAGAUGACAGAAUAAGCAACCCAAGUAAAUACAGAGUGGACUUAAGAUUCUUUGCUGACCUUGUCUCUGUGGGUGUGUUCACUUUAAAAGAAGGCCUUCCAAUAUUAGCCAAUCAGCUUUCAUUGCUCAUAAACAGUGACAAAGAUGAUCACAAUCAUCUGUCAAUUAUUUCCAGUUUUCUCAAGCAUUGUGGAGAUGACUAUGUUGGGUUUUUUCCACGCAAAAUAAGACUUUUGUCUGUGAAGUACAAUGUGACAGACACUGUGAAAAGCAUAUUGUUGCCACCUGAGCGUAAGAGAGCAUGUCGCAAUCUGUUGAAAGAAUAUCAUGGAUCUUUAUCCAAACACUUGCUGAAAGCUCACAAAGACUUGAAAAACAUGGAGAAGCAAAACAGAAGGAUUUUACAGACCAAAGGAGAACUCAGCACUGAAAGAAAGGAGAAUUAUGAAUCAGCUCUGACGUCUUACCAGAAACUGCAAGCAAAUGCAUUAACAUUUGCAGAUUUAUUGGAUGAAGAUUUACCUGAUUUACCAGACGACGACACUAAGACAGAAGAAGGUGAUGGAAUGUUUGAUAUCUACAAUCCAAUGAAAGAUGGAGAGUUUCUGUAUGAAGGAGACAAGACCCUGUUUGAAGAUGAAGAUUCACGAUCGUUUUACGAAACAAUUCCUGAUCUUCGAGCCUUUAUUCCUGGAAUUUUGUACAAGGAUAGUGAGCACUUGGGCGUGAAAGAGGAGGCCAAGGAUGAUAACUUGGAAUCUGGUCUGGAAGAAGAUAUAGAAAGCUUGGAAGUUGAAGAAUUGGAACACGAUUUAGAAAUGGAAGAAGAGGAAAAGGCUGAAAAAGAAUCUGUCAAGGAAGGAAUGAAAUCUGCAGAUGAACCAGUCAUGCCACCAGAUGUUGAAGAGGAGGAUGGUGAGACGGGCAGCUUAAUGAAAAGUCAGUUUGAAGCCUUUGCUCUGUCAUUGCCCAACUGUGUGAAUCGGGAUCUUAUUGACAAGGCAGCUAUUGAAUUCUGUAUGAACUUCAACACAAAGUCUAACAGAAAGAAAUUAGUAAGAGCCCUAUUCACAGUUCAUAGAACAAGAUACGACUUGUUACCGUUUUAUGCAAGAUUAGUCGCCAUUUUGUACCCGUGCAUGCCAGACGUGGCCAAUGACCUGCUGCAGUACCUCAAGGGAGACUUCAGAUGGCAUAUGAGGAAGAAAGAUCAGAUUAACAUCGAGUCCAAGCUGAAGACUGUCAGAUUUAUUGGUGAAUUGGUGAAAUUCAAGAUGUGUCCUAAAUCAGAAGCACUUCAUUGUAUAAAGAUGCUGAUGUUUGAUUUCUCUCAUCACAACAUUGAAAUGGCCUGCGCUCUGCUGGAAGCCUGUGGGCGCUUUCUUUACAGAUCUCCAGAUUCUCAUCACAGGACAAAAGUCUACCUCGAAGUGAUGAUGCGCAAAAAGGUAGCUCUUCAUCUGGGCACACGCUACACAACAAUGAUUGAGAACGCCUAUUUCUACAGCAACCCACCAGAUGUGCAGGAGAUCAAACGCAAAGUGCGACCUCCCAUUCAUGAAUAUAUUAGAAAACUCUUGUAUAAGGACUUGUCUAAAGUGACCACUGAAAAGGUGCUACGACAGAUGAGAAAACUGGACUGGGAUAAUGUUGAUAUUGCCUUCUACAUAACCAAAUGCUUGACCGCUGUUUGGAACAUCCGCUAUAACUCGGUUCACUGCGCUGCUAACCUGCUGGCCGGGCUGGCUCCAUAUCAUGAGCAUGUUGCUAUUCAGGUUGUAGAUGGAGUUUUGGAGGAUAUUCGCCUUGGCAUGGAGGUGAAUCAUCCAAAGUAUAACCAGCGUCGUGUUAGCUGUAUCAAGUACUUGGGUGAACUUUACAAUUAUCGCAUGGUCGAGUCGUCUGUGAUUUUCAAGUCCCUCUAUUCUUAUAUUACGUUUGGAGUGUCCACAGAUGAUGUUGCCUAUCUGCUGGAUCCACCAGAACACCUGUUUAGAAUCCGUCUUGUCUGUGUUCUGCUAGAGACCUGUGGACAAUAUUUUGACAAAGGAUCUAGCAGGAAAAAGCUGGACUGUUUCCUGGCAUAUUUCCAGAGAUACUAUUGGAUCAAAAAGAUAGACCCUAUAUGGAAUGAAUUUCGUCCAUUUCCCCGUGAUGUUGACAACUUGAUGCACGAUACUCUUGAGACAGUGCGACCUAAACUUCACAUUUGUCAGAGUUACGAGGAAGCAGUACAGGCAGCUGAGGACAUCGAGAAGGAAUACAAGUCUAAGAUAGCUUCGUUGUUGCCCGUGUUUGUGUCUGGCGAUGAAAGCUCCGAUGUGGACGAGGACGGUCUUGGUACGAUACAGGAGGGAGAAGAAGACAUGGACGAAUUGAGUGAGAGUUUGUCUCAGGUGAAUCUGGGUGAGGGCAGUGAACCGAGUCUGGAAGAGAAUAGUGGACGCAGUCGCAGUCGAACGGGUAGCCAAAAUGUUGAGGGUGACGAUCAAGAUGAUGAUGUUGACGACUUGCUAGAAUCGGCAGGAGAAGAUGAGAUGGAUGACCAGGUGACUCUUCUCACUGGUGGUCCCAAGCGGGCUCAGUGUCAGGAAGAUGAUGACUUUAUGGCAGCUUUUGACAAGAUGAUGUCAGAAAAUAUUCAGGCACGCACUCAGGAAUCCCUCAAAGUACCUCCACUAGAUAUUGCUGUACCAAUGCAUCUGAAAGGGAAAAACAAAAAGGCAGGCACAGUUCUGACAGCCCAUGAAGUACACAGUGCUAUCAACUUCACCCUGAUGACGAGAAGAGGCAACAAGCAGCAGUUCACUAACCUCAAUGUGCCAAUAUCAGCUGAAUUUGCUGCCAAGUUCAAGGAGCGAGAACAGGCCGAGAGACUGGAGAAGGAGAAGAUGAAGCAGGUCGUUCUGGGAAUCCAGCAAAGACAAGAAGAGGAGGAUUACCAAGAAAUGCUGGCACAGUUAAACCGCCCAAUGCCUUUGAACACGAACCGGGAAAGGAAAGUCCGUUACCAUCACCCAAAAGGAGCCCCUGAUGCAGAUCUGAUCUUUGGCUCGAAGUGAGUCUUGCAGUCUGCAGCUAGCAUUUAAUUAUUAAACAAAGAGAAUGCUCAAUGGGCACAAAUGAAUGGUCAAACCCAAAGACCAUGCAACACAAUCUGCCGUCCCGUGCAGAAACAGGAAACAAAUCACCAAGCAACAGUUGAGAGAGAACUGGUUAAUUGAUUAUGAAAUUGAGACAUGCAAUCAAAGGAAGUGUUCUUGUCAACAAGUCUUAUGCUGAAGCAGGCUGGGAAGACCUGCACUAAGAUAAAUGUGUUAUUUAAUGAAACGAGAAUGACUGCUCUUUGUCAAAUUGGACAUGUUCAGAGCAUACAGCAUUUCUUUCAGGGAUGGUCCUUGUUAAAUUGAAUUAUUUUUUAUUCUGAUUUGCAAUCUUACUAUUGUUGUUGGGUUUUAUAGUAUUUUAUUUGUUUAAAGCAGUCAUUAUCGGUGCAUAGAGGUUAAAAACAAUACUGAUUGGGGUUUUAUGUUUUUAAAUCAUGCAUUACAUUGUUAUAGGCUAGCAUGUCAUAAUGAGUUUUGUAGUUCACACAGGAAUGAUUCCGUGAUAAGUUGCACUUUCCACUUUAUUUUGUUGAAUGUUGUAUGCAAUGCAUACUGAUGGAAGGAAGUACGGUAACACAUAAAUAGUAACAGCAGUAACUCUGUUGCUGGCAGUCAGUCGGACACCACUGACAUUCAAUCACACAUCACGUGCUCCCUUAUUUCUUUCCAUCAAUAUAUUAAGUUUGAUUCAAAGCAGUUGUUUCCAGUCACUAAAUUAGGUCUGGAAAUGAGACAAGUACAGACAUUUCUGUAUGAGAAAAAGUAUUUAAAAUAUCUCAAGGUGAGAGUGUGUACGUAACAAUGCUAUAUAAUCACUGGUGUGAAAAUAAAUAAAUGUUAGUUCAGGUGACCAAUAUGAAUAGAUACCUGAUAUAUGAAUUAAUUGUAUACAACUGAAAUAGACAUUUAUUGAGCCAGUACCCUGUACAAACUAACAGUAUCCCUCAUUAAAGCAGUCAGUUUAUAUAUGUAACUUGAAUUGAAAGUUUAGAAUCAAUCACCGACUACACUGCAAAGCCCAUUAUUCAUUAAAUUAUACAAAUUACCAAGAUAUUGGUAUUAAGAUUCAUUUCUGAUCUUCACUGAACAAAAUGUUUCACACAAUUGGAACUGCUUUAGAAGCCGAUAUAAAAUUUGGUUUAAAAAAAAAGGGCAGGGUCUGCAACAUUAAUGUUAUGUAGUUUGGGGGCACUGAUAACAAGAUUUAACACCUUGUACAAAUGCAGACUUAAUUACUGGACAAGAAAAAAGGGGGGGAGAGCUUGGGGCCCCACCUAAAUCGAUGAUUGAUGAUAUAAUUGUUCUGGUUCACAAUGAAAAAAAUAGAACUGGCUAAUUAUUACUCUUGCCUGAAGAAGGUCAUCUGUCUUCUUCAACACUGACGAGUUCAGGAGUGAGAGUGUAAUAAUUUCUUUAUUAUCCAUAUUAUUUGUGUUAUUUUUUUUUGUGAAUAACAAGGACUGUGUCAAAAUGUUUCAACCACAACUAGAAGGAGACCACAAAAUGAUGUCAUAUUUCACAUGCAGUCUCAGCUAGAACUGGGGAAACAAGGUCAUGUUAUGACAUCACUUCCCAAAAUUACAUCAUUACACUCGUUAUUACACUAAUCCUAGUAUCCAGGUAGUGCAAAAAAUCAACUAUUGCAGCUUCUUACCGCUAAAUCACACUGCUUUUUGGAAAAUUGAACAUGGCUAUACUGAUGUUUGUGGUAGCUAAAAUUAAUUUUAUGAGAAGUGAAAAAGGUGUGGAGUUAAGAAACAAGUGACCGACUUUAAGAAUGUUUGUUGACUAAAAUGGAUUAUAGAAAGUCUCAUAUGCAUGAGUGGUCAUAGUUACAUGAUAUUUGUACAUGGUCCAGUCUUUGUUUUAUUUAAAUGGCUCAGUAUUUAUUGUCUCCAUUACAAAUGUUCAUUUUAAGAAUAAAGAACAUCUCUUGUUAUA